AUGGCGCGGUGCGGGUGCGGGGCCGGGCUGUGCUGCUGCUGCUGCGGCGAGCGGGAGAGCCGCACCCCCGAGGAGCUGACGAUCCUAGGAGAAACUCAUGAAGAGGAGGAUGAGAUCCUUCCACGCAAAGACUAUGAGAGCUUGGAUUAUGAUCGCUGUAUCAAUGACCCGUACUUGGAAAUUUUGGAAAGCAUGGACAACAAGAAAGCCCAGAGAUAUGAAGCAGUGAAGUGGGUGCUGGUUUUUGCUAUUGGAGUCUGUACAGGACUGGUGGGUCUCUUUGUGGACUUCUUCGUGAGACUCUUUACCCAGCUCAAGUUCCAGGUGGUACAAAGCUCGGUGGAGGAGUGCACUGAGAAAGGCUGCCUUGCCCUGUCCCUGUUGGAGCUGCUGGGGUUCAACCUGACCUUUGUUUUCCUUGCCAGUCUUCUGGUCCUGAUCCAACCUGUAGCAGCUGGGUCAGGAAUUCCUGAAAUUAAGUGCUACCUCAAUGGAGUGAAGGUUCCCGGGGUUGUGCGCCUGCGCACCGUGGUGUGCAAAGCUACAGGAGUGCUCUUCAGCGUGGCAGGAGGUCUUUUUGUCGGGAAGGAGGGGCCCAUGAUUCACAGUGGUGCUGUUGUGGGUGCAGGCUUGCCACAGUUCCAGAGCAUCUCUUUGAGGAAGAUCCAAUUUAACUUUCCCUAUUUCUGCAGUGACAGGGAUAAAAGGGAUUUUGUAUCUGCUGGAGCAGCUGCAGGGGUUGCAGCUGCCUUUGGAGCCCCAAUUGGAGGCACUCUUUUUAGUUUGGAAGAAGGUUCCUCCUUCUGGAACCAGGGACUUACAUGGAAAGUGCUUUUCUGUUCCAUGGCUGCCACUUUCACCUUGAAUUUUUUCCGCUCUGGGAUUCAGUUUGGAAGCUGGGGGUCUUUCCAGCUCCCUGGGCUGCUGAACUUCGGGGAGUUUAAGUGCUCUGAGUCUGAUAAGAAAUGCCACCUCUGGACAGCUGUGGACCUGGGUUUCUUCAUUCUGAUGGGGAUUGUGGGAGGCCUUCUUGGAGCCACCUUUAACUGCCUGAACAAGAGGCUUGCCAAGUACCGCAUGCGCAAUGUGCACCCCAAGCCAAAGCUGGUCAGAGUCUUGGAGAGCUUGCUUGUGUCAUUGACCACCACUGUCAUGGUCUUUGUGGCCUCCAUGGUUCUGGGGGAAUGCCGGCAGAUAUCUUCCAGCAGGCACGGUGGCAAUGACACCCUGAGCCUGCAGGAUAUAUCAGAGGAUGUAAAUUCAAGCAUCAAAACUUUUUUUUGCCCAAAUGAAACGUACAAUGACAUGGCCACGCUCUUCUUCAACCCUCAGGAGUCAGCUAUCCUGCAGCUCUUCCACCAGGAUGGUACUUUCAGCCCAGUCACCCUAUCCCUGUUCUUCCUUCUCUAUUUCUUACUCUCCUGCUGGACAUAUGGGAUCUCUGUGCCCAGUGGUCUGUUUGUACCAUCACUGCUUUGUGGGGCUGCCUUCGGACGCCUGGUCGCCAACCUCCUCAAAAGUUACAUUGGUCUGGAUCACAUCUACUCAGGAACCUUUGCACUGAUUGGGGCAGCAGCGUUCCUGGGAGGAGUGGUGCGCAUGACCAUCAGCCUGACUGUCAUCCUCAUUGAGUCCACCAAUGAGAUCACCUAUGGGCUCCCCAUAAUGAUCACCCUCAUGGUAGCCAAGUGGACAGGAGACUUUUUCAACAAAGGCAUCUAUGACAUCCAUGUGAACUUGAGAGGAGUGCCUCUUCUGGAGUGGGAAACCGGGAUGGAAAUGGAUAAGCUACAAGCCAGUGACAUCAUGGAGCCCAACCUGACGUACGUGUACCCCCACACCCGGAUCCAGUCCCUUGUCAGCAUCCUGCGCACCACUGUCCACCAUGCCUUCCCCGUGGUGACAGAGAACAGGGGCAACGAGAGGGAGUUCAUGAAGGGAAAUCAGCUGAUCAGUAACAACAUCAAAUUCAAGAAAUCCAGCAUCCUCACCCGGGCUGGAGAGCAGCGCAAGCGGAGCCAGUCCAUGAAGUCGUACCCUUCGAGUGAGCUGCGUAACAUGUGUGACGAGCACAUAGCAACAGAGGAGCCUCCUGAAAAAGAGGAUCUGCUGCAACAGAUGCUGGAGAGAAGAUACACUCCUUACCCCAAUCUGUACCCUGACCAGUCUCCCAGUGAGGAGUGGACCAUGGAGGAACGCUUCAGACCCCUGACCUUCCAUGGCUUGAUCCUGCGCUCACAGCUGGUCACCCUCCUUGACAGGGGGGUUUGCUACUCUGAGAGCCAGUCGAGUGCAAGUCAGCCUCGUCUGUCCCACGCAGAGAUGUUGGAGGAUUAUCCCCACUACCCAGAUAUCCAUGAUCUGGACCUCACAUUGCUGAACCCUCGUAUGAUAGUGGAUGUCACCCCAUACAUGAACCCAUCACCCUUUACUGUCUCUCCAAAUACUCAUGUGUCACAAGUCUUCAACCUGUUCAGGACAAUGGGACUCAGGCAUUUACCAGUUGUGAAUGCAGUUGGAGAGGUUGUUGGGAUAAUCACUCGGCACAACCUGACGCACGAAUUCCUGCAGGCCAGACUGAGGCAGCACUAUCAGACCAUUUGAUGCCCCUGCCCCUCUGUCAGUGUGGUUCCUCCCUCUCCAAGCUGGCACACAUGCUCGCAUCCUGCUUGGACCACACAAGGCCCAAGACCUCCCGUUUGGCUUCUCACGUGCAUAUCAAGCCUGGGGAACUGGAAAACAUUUUGCUAGCCAGAGAAUUCGAGGAGCUGCCUGAGCCCAGAGCUGUUGAUUGGCCUCAGGCACUUGGUUUGACAACUCUUGAUCCAGGUGUUUUCUUCCCCUGUCCCCCAGUUAUCUCCUUCUGUCAGAUGUUGUCCUGACACCACUGUGUGUUCUGCCAUUUUGUUUUGGGGUUUUCUGAAGAGUUGGAAAAA